CCGAGCGCCGGGGCCGAGCGAGGCUCCGGAGGGUCAGGGUGGGCUGCCCCGGGGGUGGAGAAAGGAGGCAGUAGCCCCACCUACCCCGGGCAGCUGGAGAUCUCAUGGUCUGCGCCUGAGGGGCCUGACCACCUAGGAAAAGACCCCCCAAAUCCCGCCUGCACCCCCGACGCCUGCAGAAGUGGGCUCAAAACCUGGGCUGGGCCCUGCAGCGCUGGCCCGGAUUCUCUGUGCAGCCUGCAGAGGCUGAGCCUCCCCCCUGCACCGGGCCCAGCUUGGGGUAUCAGCAGCAAACCGUCCCUCAAUUCCUGGUCCAGCCUGGGUGCCUCGCCCCAGAAUCAGGAUUUGGGGCCCCCCUAGGAAGGCAGGGUGGACAGGCGUGUGGGGGGGACAGGGUUUCCCUCACAUGGGCAUACUGUGUCCACUGGGGCUUUGCAGCUCGUGCAGAAUAUUCCUAUUUAGGUGUGUUGCAAGUAUAUCGUGGUGGAAAUUCACUGUAGGAAGCCUUCUGGAGCUUUUGCAGAAUGAAGCCCAUCAACUUGUCGUUUGCAGCCUGUGGGUUUCUGGGCAUUUACCACUUGGGGGCAGCAUCUGCAUUUUGCAAACAUGGCAAGAGGCUGCUGAAGGAUGUCCAGGCCUUCGCGGGGGCCUCUGCAGGAUCCUUGGUGGCUUCUGUCUUGCUAACAGCGCCAGAAAAAAUAGAGGACUGUAACCGGUUCACCUAUCAGUUCGCUGAAGAAACGCGGAAGCAGUCUUUCGGUGCGGUGACCCCCGGUUACGACUUCAUGGCCCGGCUGAGGAGCGGCAUGGAGUCCAUCCUCCCUCCCCACGCCCACGAGCUGGCCCAGGACCGCCUGUACGUCUCCAUCACCAACACCAGGACCCGCCAGAACUACCUGGUCUCCCGCUUUCCCUCCAGGGAAGACCUCAUUAAGGUUCUCCUGGCCAGCAGCUUUGUGCCCAUCUACGCGGGACUGAGACCGGUCGAAUACCAAGGGCAGAAGUGGGUGGACGGAGGCCUCACCAACAGCCUCCCCGUCCUGCCCGCCGGCCGCACGGUGACCAUCUCCCCUUUCUGUGGACGGCUGGACAUCUCCCCCCAGGACCAAGGGCAGCUCAGCGUGUACAUCAAGGUCACCAACCAGGACAUAAUGUUGUCCCUGCCCAACCUCAUGAGGCUCAACCAGGCCCUCUUCCCUCCGAGCACAAGGAAAAUGGAAGCCCUGUACCAGCGCGGAUUCGAUGACACCGUGCGGUUCCUGCGCAGGGAACACUGGUUUGAAUAAGAGGCCGGAAACCUUGGAAGGCACAGCACGCUGCUGCGGAUCCUUUUGGAGGACGCCUUCUCAUUAAACCCUUGUUUAAAAAAAAAAAUUCUGCCAGGACUCUGUCGAUUUAAUGGCGGCCCCUUGCAGUGUGUUUAUUUUUGAUACUGGAAUCCGUGCUUGGUGCAGGGAAGAGGGGGCGUUGGACGAGAAUCGGCAGCGUCAGGUGAGGAGGAGUGGGUUUGCAGCAUCUGCUCCUGCAUCAGCUCACGGGCUGAUCCAGGCCACAGGGCAGCGGCGGGUGGGGGCAAGAGGAACCUGGGAAAUAGGCGGCAGCAGGCUUCAGGAUCUGGGAGGGACUUAAAUAGACAAAAUGCUGCUGAACACCAAGAGCCAAGUGAACCCAGUUUCACAGCUCAUUCUAGUUUUGUCUUACCCUGUUCUGACAACUUUCCUGUGGCACAGACCACUCUGUCUUUGGUCAUGAUGAUUCUCCAGUCAGUGCUCCUCGUGGCCCUGAAGCCACCUCUACCCCCACCCCGUCCCCUGUGGGGUACACGCUCUCUCGGCUGCCCUUGGAACGCCCAGGCUGACUGCUGUGCAGAGGGGGAACUCUGUGACAGUUUCCUUUGCCUUUUCUGUGUCCCCUUAAUAAUUAGCCUUUACGUCUUUGGCUGGGUUUUCAUUUGGACUGUCAUUUCCCUACACCCGUAAACAUUUCUCCGUGUUUCGUCCGCCCUGCAUCACGUCUUUAUCACGCUUCUUCUCAGGUUCCUUCCUUCAUGGGCUUCUCGGGAACCAAGUUCCUUUUCCUCAAAUCCAUCGUGUGCUGUCCUGGUGCGUGCAACACUGCUGCUGGUCAUGUGCUGCGCACGGUGCUCAGUUCUAUCUCCAGUUGUAGCAAACAGAUUCUCCGGGGUAGUCCUUACGGGCCGUCAUACUGACUGCGAUUGUGAGAGCUCUGGUUGCUUGUUUGUGACCAUUAAUUAACUCUUCCCUGCACCCAGACUGUCAGUAUGGUACAGCCAUCCCACCAUUCCUGUCUUGUUUCUGUCUUAAAAGAAGGUGUUGGGUUUCUUUUUUUAAAUAAAAGAAGGAAAGUUAAAGACA